CAGUUUGAAACACUGCGCAGGACACUUGCAUUUCGUCGCAUUUGCCGACGUCGUCUGAACUAUAUGUGGAAGAAGAGCAUUAUCAGGUGGCCCAUCUGGUCAAGAUCAACGUUUAAGUUCAAAAAGUUUCGCAUCAGACGAUCUUUGCCACGUUCAAUUAUAUGGGAAGACGUCGAUGUUCAAACAAGUGUACUGCAGUACGAAGAAAUAGGAACAGACAUGAGUUUAGUCCAGCAAAAGUCGGCGGCAAUUACCACAUCCACGAAUGAUGAGCAAUGUAAUAGUAAGAUUGAUUCAGGAACAACCGAUUCCUCUUCUCGUAGUUUCAAGACUCACUUCAAACACAUAAAUUUAGGGCCUUCUAGAUUUCCGUUCCUCUAUAACACGAAAAUAAAAUCCUUACCACUGCCAAAAAUAGAGAAAGCACAUAAACCGAUGCCAAAAUAUAAUAGUUAUCCAAGUCACAUUAAAGAAGAUGAAGACGCAAAACUAGUUGAAUCUAAGAGUAAUGUGAAAGCAACUCAAUCAAAAAAUAAUAUUGUACAAUUAUCAGAAAUAGAGGUUCUAGAGAGAACAUCUAAACUGACCAGAAAUCACAUUACCGAUCUUAAUGAAUCUGUACCACUAACAAAAAUAGAAAGAACGAAUAAACUGAUGAAAUCUGGUAAUAUUGAUAACAUAGAGCAUGUUGAAGUUGAAUUGAGUAUGAAUUCGGAUGCAAAGACAACAAAACUCACAAAUAAAGAUACUGUUAUAUUAACGACUCCCAUAAUGAGGAAGAGUGAUAUAGUCCAUACCACUAUGACAGAUUUAAUCAAAUAUCAGAUAAACCGUGAUAGAAUACAAGAUGCUGAUACACAGAUACUUGUGAAUAACAAUAAAACAGGUUGUAAUAAAAUAUUUAAUAACAAUGUAAUGAAUGAAAUAACGUUUUCCAAUAAAGUCAUGGAAACUCAUUGUACUGUUUCAGUUGGUACGUUACCUCAAAUGUGCAAAGUAUCGUUACAAAAAGUAUCUGUUCAAAAUUCAAUAAAUGAAAGUUCAGCCAAUAUCGAAGGUCGCACAGAAAUCAGAAACCGUCACUCCAAACCCAAGCGGGAAAGAUUUAAUUUAACUUAUGCAGAUACAAAACUUGUAUCAAUAUCGUCUGCCAAAUUGAUUCCAGUAUCUAUUGCCACGUCGAAGGAAAAUGCAAUAGGAACAGAGGUUAUGACAAGUAACAAAACUCUCAUUACCAAAUCUUGUGAAACCCCAUCAUGUAUGAAGCCGGACCAAUUUCAAGACUAUCAAUCGAGAGUGAUUACUUUUGAUGAUUUCAUCGUCUCGAAUACAGAUCAAUCGCUAAGUCCUUUUAAUAUAUCAAAGCCAAAAACUGUGGAACAAAAUACUGAAUCAUGUAACAAGUCUAUGUCGGCGACAAUAAGCACAAAUAUACCCCAAAAGAAAUCUAUUGGAUUAUCUACAUCCAACACGCCCACACGAUGUUCUCUCACAAAGAGAUCAAAAAUAGAUGCUGGCGUUCAAUAUAGCUGUUACAAGCAAUUUACAGAUGAGAACAUACGUCGGCCCAACCAUAUUGGCCGUAGUUGGGUCAUAUCAAGCCAAAUGUUGAGCGACCAGUCUAUUAGCGAGACUACAGAACAGUUAGCACCGCCACAUUGCGAAAUAGAAAGCAAGUCAGUUGAAAUACAAACGCGUAGAGAUGUAAAGUCUACCUGUAUGUUGACUUCUAUGCAGACAAUCGUCGACCAACAAUACAAAAAUCAAGUUGUCUCUUGUGGAUGUGCUCGAGUUGGUCACGACAUCGAAACCAAUACACAAUCAUAUUAUUUAUCGAAUCUCAAUAUAAAGUAUUCCACUGAAAUGAUGCAAUGUAAACCAACCCCUGUAAAAGAUAUAUUGACCACCUGUCCCUCAAAGAAAAGUAAGCCAUCAAAGACGGAGAAUUUUACCAGUCAAACUCAUGGUGGUCAUCUUAUUUCAUUGUCACAUAUGACAGGCACUACCAAAUCUAGUACCGACAUGGACGGACCGGCAUUGAGCAAUACUGUUCUUUCCAGCGACCUUAACGCUGAGAAAUGGAUUAGAAGAUGUACGGCUAAUGACGAUAAAGACUAUCAAUCACUGCUCUAUAAUGAACAGUCUAUAUUAAAAACUCUAAAACAUAACUUGUUAUCUAGUAAUAAUUCCACCAAAUCCAAGUCUACGAAAAGAUCACUAAAGACUGAUACUUUGAAAUCAAGCAAAAGAUUUAUACCAAAACCAGAUACCUCACCACCUUUGCCAUUUGCACUAUCAACUGAUAGUCUAGCUGACGUAUUACCAGCAAAAGUUUAUGAGAAAACUGAAGACAUAGUUACAAAGCAAACGUCUGUUAUGGUCGACAAAGUAACAUCAGAUGACAAAUCGUUUAGAAAUGUAAAAGAAUCUAUGCUUCAAACAUGUCCUGAUAUUCGUCAUGCAGCAACGGAGUCAAGAAUGAACUAUCAGAAAUCUGCUAGUGUUUUAACAUCAAGAUGUUUGCUACCGUCUCCGAAGUCUUGUUGCCACAUCCAUGCGGAUAAUCAUGGCUCCAUUGAUUGUAUAUUCAUCUACGACCAUCCACGUUGCUUGGUUCAUGAAAAAAGACUAGAUUCUGCGAUACAGAGCCUCUCGCGUUAUGACAAUGAGAAGGAAGCAGCGAUGAUUCGUGCCUUAGCGGUGCGUUCCGCAGCCAUAUUGACGUCGUGGUGCGGCCUGGAUUUGUCUAUGCACCGUUCACAUAACCAUCAUCGGAAGUCUCAAGCAUUGACAGAAGUUACUCAAACCUGCGUCAACAACUAUCAUGGGACUCUGCCACCACAAAUGUAUGACAAAGAUUCAAGUGAAGAUUGCGGGACACAACACUUGAUUGAUUCGUGUCGAUAUUUCAGUAAUUUAUUUGCAAAACACUUCGAUAAAGUAAAGAAAAAUGUGACAAAACAUCUGGCGCUACCUAACGACCAAUACCUGUACCAAAUCUCAACGUUCCCGAACAUAUCUUACACAGAAGCAUGCACAAUGAAACCCAGCGGUAGAGAAGAGCUCGCCUGUCAGACGCAUGGAAGAAGACUUUACCGACCAUUGUCAUGUUGUGCUUUAACACCGAGCCUAACCAGUCUCACUGGAGGUCGCGAUAAGAACCAGCUCAAUUCUAUUUAUCACAUGUUAACAGCCAUCGAAGGCAGAAUUCGCAGGCUAAAACUGAAUAUAUCUGAAUAGUUUAGGUAGUUGCCGCUAGGUGUCGCUAUUACGGUAUUAUUUAACGAACCGUUAUUUUAUUUUUUUAUACUUGGCAUAUCAUUUGUAAAUAUUAUUAAUUUACUUUUUAUUGUAAUGAAUUAAACAAA